AUGGCCGCAAAUGACCCUAAACUGAUCACACUGGCAUUACUACAUCAUAAACCAAGAUUGCGAUUUACCACACUGUUCCUUGAUAAUUUUGAAGUAAGUUGGGAAAAGGAGACUUGCCGCGCAAGGGCAAGAAAUCCUAACUUGGACCCUUAUAUGCUCGCCCGACGCUGCUUUGUGGGCUUUAACAAGGAUUUUUGGAAUGCGCAUUUAAUGUUGGGAGAGGACUCAACCGAAUUGAUCUGGGUGUCUAGACCACUCACUAAGCAAGAGUUGGAGGACGAGGACCCCGACAAGGCCGCUCUAGCCAUCGCUACUAAUCCUUGCGCACUAAAGCUUCUUGCCGAGUUCCUUAAACUCGGUGGCAAGGAAGUACCUAAGAAGCGGGAAAAUAGAAUCAAGAUAGUGGAGUGGCUCCGCUAUUACGGCGUCAUCGCUGAACUAGAAGGGCGAGAAAUGAUAGUUACCAGAGACUGGAGCGAAAGUCAAAUUAAAAAGGCGAAGUUGUUCUUCCAUCCUUACGUCGUGGCUAUGAGGAACAUGCAUUCAAUCGAGGCCCCCAUACACAUCAAGGUUGAAGCAUCGAUCGCCGAAUACACCGCCAUUAAAAUAGGAGCGCCUAGGACCAAACUGAUCUUAGAGCUCGAGAGUUAUGUUAAGGCACUAAUGCUCAAUGAUUUGCCCCCACAUGACCCCAGAGAUGUCUUCGUGCUCAAUGUCGGAUUUACCGUGCAAUUCGAUGAAGACAAGCCUUGGACCUCAUGCUUUCCAACACACAAGGCUAGCGACUAUGCCACGCUCAGGCUCUCGUUAAAAAGGAUUUCAAUACCAGCAGAAGCAAGAUAUUAUGACAUAAAACCAUUGAAGUUCGACCCGGAACUUAUGCAUGCCGUGUACCUCGAAAACAACAAUGUGAGAGAACGAAAGGCACUCACUUCAUUGAUGCAGAUAGUUGAUAGCUAUGACCCAGGAAAGAACCCAUACACAGUCGAAACUUUCCUUAAACAGCAAGGGCUGACCAAGUUAAGCAAACUCAUGAAGACUAUUGGUUCCCAUUAUGCGCGAGAAAAAGACGUGCAUCAACUUCAAGGAGGACAUCACAAAAGUGAUGGAUUUUGUGGAGGAGGAAACUACGAUAUCCCUGAGUACCUUAUGGACGUGUACGCCAAAUAUAUGCUCAAUAUGCAGGUCGAAAAUGCGGGUUACUUGCAGACCAUGAUGUGGUCAGGAGGACCUCCCACCUUCUUCUUCAAUAGCAUUCAUAAUGCAGCUUACUCCCUCACCGCACUGACCAUAAAACCCGGGACCCCAAUGUUAAUGGGCGGCGAUGACAGUGCGAUUAAUGACUACGUGGUGCCCCGCGAUAAACAUAAGGUCAAGAAGUAUUUUAAACUGAUCGCUACCACCGACUAUGGACACUUCCCCGAAUUUUGCGGAUGGAAGUUGACCCCUUUCAGAGCGAUUAAGAGCCCCAAGAAGCAAAACAUGCCUACGUCCUGGGCGACUGGCUGCACGAAGUACGGAGCUGAUGUACCAACAGUUAAUCAACCGCAUGUUCACCAACCUAAAGGACUAUUUGCCACGGGAUAG